AUGGUGUACAAAGAAAAUUGUGAAUGUCGCAUAUUGUCUUACUGUCGAGGAACGUCUAGAGCACAAUGGGAGGAUGUAACUGGAUCUACACCAUUAACGUUUAUCAACGAUUGUGUAUCUUUUACAACGACAGUAUCCGCUCGAUUUUGGUUAAUGGAUUGUAGGAAUGUUGCCGAUGCAUCGAAAAUGGCAACAGAACUCUAUAAGGAAGUGAUUCAUGUUCCAUUUAUAGCAAAAUUUGCUGUAUUUGCUAAACGAACGGAUUUAAAUGAAGCUCGAAUAAGAUUGUUUUGCAUGACUGACGACAGGGAGGAUAAAUUUCUGGAAAACAAAGAGCAAUUCACCGAGGUUUCAAACAGUAGAGAUGUAGAAGUUCUUGAAGGCAAACCAGUGUAUAUAGAAUUUGCUGGUAAUUUAGUUCCUGUAACCAAAUCCGGAGAACAAUUAAAACUGGUAGUAAGGGCAUUUAAGGAAAAUAGGUUACCAUUUACAAUGCGUGUGAAAGAUCCUACUGCAGAACCUCGAUCGUGGACCAUAAUUAUGAAAGAACCUAAGGUUUCUAAAAAUGAAAUUUCUCAAACACCAGUCUGUGUAUUGCAAUUCGCGUUACCAGAAAAUAUUGUACCUGAUAAUGAAGUUAGUGAUAGUGAAAAGUAUAACUAUACUCACAGCUAUCACUCUACUCUAGAACCUAAUAAAAGGAUUGAGUUACGCUUGACUGAUUUAAGUAAUUUUGUAUCAGAUGAUUGGACAAAUUUAGCUCAUGAAUUAGGUUUUCAGUCUAAUGAAAUAGCUCAAAUAAAAAAAGAAUAUCCAGAGAGCAGUAGUCAACAAUGCAUGAGUAUGCUAAACCUAUGGAUGAAUGAAAUUUCAGCCAAAGAUUCGGUUCCAGCAUUAGAAAAAGCAUUAAACAACAUAGGCCGGGUAGAUGUGAUAGAAAAGUGUAACAUGGUUGGAAUUGAAAAUCAGUCAAAAAAACCUAUUUAUGCAAAUCCUGAAAAAUUAAAAAAGGAUAAAUACGCAGCGGAAGAAAAAGUCGUUAUAGAGGAUGAAAUUAAUAAAACAGUUAACGAAAGACGAAUGGAAAUUGAACAAAGAUUAAAUGGAGAACCAGUUGUAAUUGAAAAGAAAUUAGAUCCACGAACAAAAAUUGAAACAUUUACCACGAAAGCAAUAGAGAAGCCUAUUGAACCUAUAGAACCUACUGAAGUAUCAUUUGAACACAAGCGAAUGUCGUUCGAAAGAGGAGUAUCUAUUGAAUCAGUUCUACUUGAAGAUAUCCCAUUAAAAGAUAAACCACAACAACUAGGAGAAGAUAAAAAAAUGAAAUCUAUAGAAGAAAAGUUAUCAGAUUCUGAUGUCGAUGGAACUAGUUUAUCGUUUCACGAGAAAAGACUUUCAUUUGAGCAAGGAAUACCAGUUAGAGAAAUAAUACAGAAAAAAACGGAAGAAACAGUUCAAGAACAAAUUACAGAGAAUGUGAAAGAUUCAGAACCAUUAAGUGAAAUUGAAAAAUCCUUUACAAAGAGCGAAACAACCUCAUCAAUUUAUGAUGAAACAACAGUGCCUGAUUUAAAACCUGAAAUUGUGCUCAAUGCCAAUAUUAAUCAAGAAAAAUCACUACAAGCUGAGCGUGAUUUAAUGAUAUCAGUAAAAGUUGCCCAAAAUUUGGAGAAUUUGGAUACAAAUAGUCCAAAAGUAGAAAAUAAAGAUGAUCUCCUGUUGUCUAAAUCGUUCAAAACUCUACUACCAAGUCAAGCGGAUUUUAAUAACGCUCAAAAGAAUGAAUUUGAAAAAUCAACUUCUCCCUUAAAUAAUAUUGAAACUGAAGUUUUUUGGCGACAGGAAAAUGAUGAUUUAUUGGAUACACACGGAUUUGGUGAGCAUUUUGUUGGUAUUGAAACACCAAAUUUGGCUAAAACAAAAACCAAAUCUUUGGCGGAUAUUGAUGAGAUAGUUGAGGAUGAUAGGAUGGUUGUAGUACACUCAUUUUCGAACCGAUUUAAAGUUGUUCCUAGUGAGGCACAUAUAGCAAAAAACGAAAUUCUUUCAUUUAAUAGUCCAAUAACAGAUAAAAGACUAUCUCAUAAAGAUAUAAGUAAAAGUCUUACACAAACCUAUAGUGAUACUUUAUCAAGCCCAGGACUCAAAUCUAAACCUAAAACAAAGUGUGAUAAAGAGUUAGAUAUUAGUUAUACUGGGAUAAGCUCGAUUUAUUCACAUAACAUUGGUUUAUUAAAUAACGAAGUCACAGAAGUUAAAAAAUCAAUUAAUAUUAUUGAAACAACUGCUAAUCCAAUGAAUUCAUUAAUAUCAAAUGACUCAAUAAUAAAUUUGAAAGAAACAAGUAAUAAUAAAAAACUAUUUGUACAAGAAAAAUACCAAGAAAAUACACAGGAUUUAUUGAGAACUAAAUUACCGUUUGAUUCGAAAGCAGUAAAUUCAAAACAAGUUAACAGCAAUGAAAACUGUGUAAGCCACUUAAAAAGUUCCUUAUUAAAUAUUAUUAAUAUUGAAACAAAAGUAUUAGAUAAUAUAGAAAAAAAGAUCUGUAAUGACAAUAAUAAAAGAAAAAUUAUUGACGAAAUACCUGUAAAAGAAGAAAUUAUUAUACCAAAAAAAAUUAAAUACUCAGAUCAAAAAGAUAAUGUUAUACAAGAUACACAACAUAUUAUUCCUUUAAAAAUGAAAAGUAUAGAAAAUUUAAAAGAAAACAAAGAUAAGGAGACUUUAAAAAUAGAAACAAUGAAAAACAUAGGUGAAACCCAAAAAUUCACAAUCACAUCACAAGGUGUAAUAAAUAAAAUAUAUAAAAAAACUGAAUAUUACGAAGAAGAUGAGGAUUCCGAGUCUGAAACACUUUUCGAUAAAAAUGAUGCAUGUAACAAAAAACGCGAUGACAAUAUAAAUGACAUCAAUAAAAUCGAAACUUCUUCAACCGAUAUUGAAGAUGACACCAAAUCGCAUUCAAUCGAUAAUGUUGAUGAUAAAAAUUCAAUUGAAAACACUGAUAUUCCAAAAGUAGAUUCCUCUAACAUUCCACCCUUAAAUAAAAUCGAAAAUUCUUCAACCGAUAUUGAAGAUGACACCAAAAAAUCGCGUUCAAUUGAUAAUGUUGAUGAUAAAAAUUCAAUUGAAAAAACUGAUAUUCCAAAAAUAACAUUGACAAUUCCAAUAUUAAAUCCUGUAAUGAACUAUCGUUAA